GAGCCGAGCCCCGCGCGGGGCCCCGAGACCCGGCCACCGCGGCGCCGGCCCCCUCGCCGGGAAGGGGCCGGCCCUGCUGGCGUCGGCGGGGCGCGCAGGAACCAGAGCGGCGGCCGCAUCCUCGCCGCCCGCCCCGGCCGGGCCGCGUCCCCUAGCCGUCGGGCAUGGAGCCGUGGAGGCAGUGCGCCCAAUGGCUCAUCCACUGCAAGGUGCUGCCCGCCAACCACCGGGUGACCUGGGACUCGGCGCAGGUGUUCGACCUGGCGCAGACCCUGCGCGAUGGAGUCCUCCUCUGCCAGCUGCUCAACAACCUCCGGGCGCGCUCCAUCAACCUGAAGGAGAUCAACCUGAGGCCGCAGAUGUCCCAGUUUCUCUGUUUGAAGAACAUACGGACCUUCCUCACGGCCUGUUGCGAGACGUUCGGAAUGAGGAAGAGCGAGCUCUUCGAGGCCUUUGACCUGUUCGAUGUCCGGGACUUCGGAAAGGUGAUAGAAACGCUAUCGCGACUCUCCCGAACACCCAUCGCGUUGGCCACAGGAAUCAGGCCCUUCCCAACAGAAGAGAGCGUCAGCGAUGAGGACAUCUACAAAGCCCUCCCCGACCUGAUAGACGAGACCCACGUGGAGGAUGAGGAGGGCCUGUAUGACUGUGUCUACGGGGAGGACGAAGGCGGAGAGGUCUACGAGGACUUAAUGAAAGCGGAGGAGGCGCAGCAACCCAAAUGUCAAGAGAAUGACAUACGAAGUUGCUGCCUCGCAGAAAUCAAGCAGACGGAAGAAAAGUACACAGAAACACUGGAGUCAAUAGAGAAAUUUUUCAUGGCACCACUAAAACGAUUCCUGACAGCAGCAGAAUUUGAUUCUGUCUUCAUCAACAUUCCCGAACUUGUAAAAGUUCAUCGGAACCUAAUGCAAGAAAUUCACGAUUCCAUCGUAAAUAAGAAUGACCAGAACUUGUAUCAAAUUUUCAUUAACUACAAGGAAAGGCUGGUGAUUUACGGGCAGUACUGCAGCGCCGUGGAGUCGGCCAUCUCCAGCCUGGACUACGUCUCUAAGACGAAAGAAGACGUCAAGCUCAAGUUAGAGGAAUGUUCCAAACGCGCCAACAACGGGAAGUUCACUCUCCGAGACCUGCUCGUGGUCCCAAUGCAGCGCGUGUUAAAGUACCACCUUCUCCUGCAGGAACUGGUCAAGCAUACCGCCGACCCCACAGAGAAGGCGAAUCUGAAGCUGGCUCUGGAUGCAAUGAAGGACUUGGCACAGUACGUGAACGAAGUGAAGAGAGACAACGAGACCCUGCGUGAGAUCAGGCAGUUCCAGCUCUCCAUAGAAAACCUGAACCAACCAGUGCUGCUGUUUGGCCGGCCUCAGGGAGACGGGGAGAUCCGAAUCACCACUCUGGACAAGCACACAAAGCAAGAACGGCACAUCUUCUUAUUCGACUUGGCAGUGAUUGUAUGCAAAAGAAAAGGUGACAACUAUGAAAUGAAGGAAAUAAUAGAUCUCCAGCAGUACAAAAUAGCCAACAAUCCUACAACGGAUAAAGAAAACAAAAAGUGGUCUUAUGGCUUCUACCUCAUCCAUACCCAAGGACACAAUGGGUUAGAAUUUUAUUGCAAAACAAAAGAUUUAAAGAAAAAAUGGCUGGAACAGUUUGAAAUGGCUUUAUCCAACAUAAGGCCAGACCAUGCCGACUCCAAUUUCCACGAGUUUAAGAUGCACACCUUCAGCCGGGUGACCUCCUGCAAGGCCUGCCAGAUGCUGCUCAGAGGAACCUUUUACCAGGGCUAUUUAUGCUUCAAGUGUGGCGCCAGGGCACACAAAGAAUGCCUGGGAAGAGUCGACAGCUGUGGCCGACUUAAUUCCGCGGAGCCGGGGACGCUCAAAGCACCGGAGAAACGGACCAAUGGACUGCGAAAAGCCUCCAGGCAGGUGGACGCAGGUUUGCCAAAGAUGCAGGUCAUCAAGAACUACACCGGGACGCCACCCCCCGCUCCCCAGGCGGGGCCCCCGCUCCACAUCCAGGCCGGGGACACGGUGGAACUUCUGCGGGGCGACGCGCACAGCCUGUUCUGGCAGGGUAGAAAUUUAGCCUCUGGAGAGGUUGGAUUUUUUCCAAGUGAUGCCGUCAAGCCUUGCCCAUGCGUGCCCAAACCAGUAGAUUAUUCUUGCCAGCCUUGGUACGCCGGGGCGAUGGAGAGACUGCAGGCGGAGACUGAGCUUAUUAACAGGCCGAACAGCACUUACCUGGUGAGGCUCCGGACCAAAGAGUCGGGCGAAUAUGCAAUUAGCAUUAAGUACAAUAAUGAAGCAAAGCACAUCAAGAUUGUAACAAGAGAUGGCUUAUUUCACAUUGCAGAAAAUAGAAAAUUUAAAAGUUUAAUGGCCAAUGAGGUAUCAGAGAAGAUUGGAAGGAGCCACGUCAGUGACCUGUGUAAGCGCCAGAGGCCACGCAGAGCUGGGAGAUGGGCACCUGUGGACACGUCACCGUCAGCCACGCGCAACGCCAAGCAGCACCCGUGGCUUAUCGACGCUGGUUCACCGUGGAGAAGAACUUGUGGAGUAUUACAAGCACCACUCCCUGAAGGAAGGGUUCCGGAGCUUGGAUACCACCCUCCAGUUUCCAUACAAGGAGCCAGAGCCCGCAGCUGGACAGAGGGGCAGCAGGGUGGGCAGCAGCUCCCCCUCUCUGUUCUGUGGGUUUUCUCUUGUCCCUCCUCCAGACUUCAGCUUUGUCCCCCCUUCCUCCACUCCUUUCUGGUCAGUGCUGAGCCCCAAGGUGCUGGGCAUCGCCGUGGCGCGCUACGACUUCUGUGCGAGGGACAUGCGCGAGCUGUCCCUGCUGAAGGGGGACGUGGUGAAGAUUUACACCAAGAUGAGUGGCAAUGGCUGGUGGCGAGGAGAAGCGAACGGCAAGGUGGGCUGGUUUCCGUCCACGUACGUGGAGGUGGAUGAGUAGGUGCCGGUCCAGCGUGGCUCCGCCCAGACCCUUCCGAGGCGGACAGACCGAAGCCUGCACGGCUGUGAACGAACCCAUGUGUUUCAAAAGCUGCAUUUCCGGCUAUUCCACGUCCCCCUCCUGAGUCUUAAUCCUGGGGUCCAAAUGCUGGUGCUGACAGACAGCUGGGCACGGGACAGCGACCACUGGGUCAUUGUCGGGGCCAGGGCAGAGCCUGAGCUUUCUUUCUCCCCCAAAGAGCCCAGCAAACACAUGGUUCGUCUUUCCACGUCCUCCAUCCGGCCCGACCCAUGAUGCCGCCAUCAGGACACGCUUCCCGCCGGUUUCUUCUCACCAGAAUUCUUUCAUGGUCCAAAGAAGCAGAGUUCAGUGUUGCCCUUCCCAGCACAGAGCCCGCGAGAGCUCCGCCGUCGGCAGCCAAAGGAGGGUCCAGUAUGACUCCUCGUCUUCAAGGGCCUCGUGGGGGCUCGUGGCGAACACUCUCAUUCCGCUUCUCACCGGUUGUCCCGGCCACAGCGGAAGAGAGCGCGUAGUGCGAGCGUCUCCCUGGGAGGCCCUCCCGCCCCGUGGCCGCCUCGGGUUGUUUCGGAGACGUGCUCUCCCGCUUGGUGAAGUCACCUUGGCUGGGUGGGGCCAGGCGGCCGCGGGGAACCUGAGUGAGGACGCUUUGUCUACAGAAGCAGAGUAAGGGCUACAUGUCUAUGAGGUCAUUGGACAGGAGCGACAUCUGUUGACACCGCCUUCUUUCUCCCCUGCCCCCAAACCACCGCCCCCCCUUCCCCCCAAAAAAAGACCGAGGUAGGAGGGAGUUGCCGGUCUCCCUCUUCCCAGAGUAUUUACAGCAGCACAAGCACAAACCAGUUUGCCGAGGGUUUGGGAAGGAAAGCACAGCGGGGUCCUGCCUGCAUUUCUGGGCCCGGAGGGUCACGAGGCAUUUCCGGGCUUCCUCGGCGUGGCCCCCAGCUUCCCACCGAGGGUCUCCCCACCCACCAGCAGCCCCUGUCGGAGGGUGUGAGCCACUGGAGAGAUGAGUUUCUGCAGUGGAUUGAUUUGACCAAGCCUUCACUUUUUAUGUGACGUGUUCUCUCUGUGAUACACAGAGGCCCGGCCAAGGCAGUCAGGUGAAGACACUACGCAGCCCUUUCCCGAUGAAAUGGUUUCUCUGUAGCACAAGGUCCCGUCCAGAUGAGAUCCAGGGGGUGUUUCGGGUUUGAAGAAAACCCAGCAUGAGAAGCAUUAACUUAAGGAGCCAAACUGGGAGCGCCCAGUCGGAGGCUCUGGAUCAUGUCUGACGUGAGGGAGGUGCCACCUGCUCGCCCCCCGACCCUCAAAUUCCAGAACCUACUGUUCAAUGCCCACCUCCCCCUGUAGAGACCCCCGGGGCUAGGCCUUCUCAGAUAGGAUAGAGUCGGGACCUUUACCUCAGAAUUAUGUAAACUGUGAUUGUGUUUUAGAGAAAUUACUAUUUGCUAAAACCAGUUAGAGUUGAUUGUGUGUGUGUGUGUGUGUGUGUGUGUGUGUGUAUGUAAAUGACCAUGGAGGGGAAUUUUAUAGACGUCUGUGCAGUAGACUUGUGCCCUCACGGUGUGUCCCCGUCUUACCUGCAGCUGUGAGUCGGGGAAGGUUCGUCUGUCACGGUCUGUGGUCAGGGAAGCAGCAGCGUCACGCGCGGAAACACCCCUGGGCGGGGUGGGAGCGGGUGUUGCUGCUGCAACCGCUAGACUCCCUUCCUCACCAGUGGUGUGUGGUCUUCCUGUUGCAUUUCACGGGCCUGGGGGCGGCCCCUAGCAGAGGAGGUCGGAGCCCCUCUCACGAUGCCGCCCGGCGUCUCUGUCUGCGUUCAGCGCUCCGUGUGGACACGGUCAGUGUGCGGGUUGGUGUCAAUUUCUCAUACCAAAGACAGAAGUCAGUGUUCAUCCACAUGCUUUGUCUUGCCCGUAUGCAGCCUUGUGUACUAUGGUGGGUUAGAGUGCUGUUUCAUUUUGUAGUAUUUUGUAAAUAUGUCAAUACAAUAAAUAGUUACUACAUGCAAUAAAUUGACGUCUUGAGAGCUGAAGAGUC